AUGGCAACACCUGCCGAGCUGCUGGAAACAUUGGAACACUUGACAGAUGAAGAGUUUAAAAAAAAACUACAACAAAAUGCAGUGGAGGUGAUCAUCAAAGUUUUGAAGUUGAUAAAAAAAAAUGACUUGGUGCAGCAUUUACUGAACCUCAACUCAACAUCCAAAGAGUCUCUCACUGAAUGCCAGCGUAAACUAAAAUCCAACCUGAAGAAGAAGUUUCAGCAUUUGUUUUCGACAAAAUCUGGAAAGCAGUUGUUGAUGAAUGAGAUCUACACUGAGCUCCAUAUGACAGAGGAAAAGACAGAAAGCAUCUGUGUGCCAAAGAUCAGACAAACCACAACAGCUACCAGCAAAACAGUUCAUUUGGAACACACUAUCAAUAUAGGAGACUUCUUUGAAGGCUUACCAAGCCAAAAUGGAUCAGUUCGAACAUUACUGACAAAAGGAGUGGCUGGUAUUGGGAAAACAAUCAUGACACAGAAGUUUGCCCUAGACUGGGCUGAAGACAAAGUCAACAACAACAUACAGAUCAUAUUUCCAAUCGCUUUCCGAGAGUUGAAUUUGAUUAAGGAGAAAAAAUACAGCUGGGUGGGCCUUCUUCAUCACUUCUUUACUGAUACCAAAGAAGCAGGAAUAUCUGCUUUUGAUAAACUCCAGAUUAUGUUUAUCCUCGAUGGUCUGGAUGAGUGUCAACUUUCUUACUUCACAAACAAUGAGAUCCUGGCUGAUAUCGCUGAAUCAGCUUCAGUAGACGUGCUGCUAACAAACCUCAUCAUGGGGAAACUGUUCCCAUCUGCCUGCCUCUGGAUAACCACAUCACCUGAGGCAGCCAGUCAAAUUCCUUCAGGGUACAUUGACAUGGUGACGGAGGUGAGAGGCUUCACUGAUCCAAAAAAGGAGGAGUACUUCAGGAAGAGAUUCAGGAAUAAGGAGCUGUCCAGCAGAAUCAUCACCCACGUUAAGUCAUCACAAAGCCUCCACAUUAUGUGCCACAUCCCAGUCUUGUGUUGGAUCACAGCAGCAGUUCUGGGUGUAUUAAAAACCCGUGACAGAAGAGAGCUUCCCAAGACCUUGACUGAGAUGUAUGUUCACUUUCUAUUAGAUUGUGGAAGGGCUCAGACAGAUCCACUCUGGAACCCUGAGACCAGCAAGAUGGUUCUGUCUCUGGGAAAACUUGCUUUUGAGCAGCUGCAGAAAGGCAAUCUGAUCUUCCAUGAAGCAGAUCUUAUGGAGUGUGGCAUUGAUAUUAGAGCAUCUACUGUGUUCUCACAGAUCUUUAAAGAGGACCGUGGGAUGAACCAGGACAGACUUUUUAGCUUUGUCCAUUUGAGCUUUCAGGAGUUCCUUGCUGCUGUUCAUGUCAUCGUAUCAUUCAUCAACUCCGGUGUCAACCUCUUGUCUGAAGAUCAGUCAGCCUCCCAACAAUCUGUGCUCAUCACAGAGCAAUGUGCAGUAAAACACCUCUUUGAGGGUGCAGUCAACAAGGCUUUACAGAGUCCGAAUGGACAUCAGGUCUUGUUCCUCCGCUUCCUCAUUGGCCUCUCGCUGCAGAAAAAUCAAGCACUUCUUCAAGACCUAUUGAAACAAUCAGGGAGUAGCUUACAGAGCAACCAGGACAUAGUCCAGUACAUCAAAGAGAAGAUCAGGGAGAAUCCCCCUCCAGACAAUGCAAUAACCUAUUUCACUCUCAAUGAGCUGAAUGAUCAUUCUCUCGUGGAGGAGAUCCCACUACCUCAGUUCAGGCUGAAUGGUUACCUCCCGUCUGACAACUUGGAUCUGAGUACGAACGACCUGCAGGAUUCAGGAGUGCUGGUGUUCAGUUCUGGACUGGAGAAUCCACACAACUUCCACAACAAUGAGAUCCUGGCUGAUAUCGCUGAAUCAGCUUCAGUAGACGUGCUGCUAACAAACCUCAUCAUGGGGAAACUGUUCCCAUCUGCCUGCCUCUGGAUAACCACAUCACCUGAGGCAGCCAGUCAAAUUCCUUCAGGGUACAUUGACAUGGUGACGGAGUGGUCAGCUCUGGUCUGUAUCUUACUGUCAUCGGACAAUGAGUUGGAUGUGUUUGAUCUGAAGAAAUUCUCUGCUUCUGAGAAAGGUCUUCUGAGACUGCUGCCAGUCAUUCAAGCUUCCAGACUAUCUUUGCUGAAUGGCUGUGAGCUGUCUUCCACAGGUUUUCAAGCUCUGGCCUCAGUUCUUUGUUCCGAGUCUUGUAAUCUGAAAGAGCUCGACUUGAGUUACAACACUAAGCUGAGUUCAAGUUUCCAGACGUUCAAAGAUGGCUUGAAGAGUCCACAAUGCAAACUGGAGAUUCUCAGGUUAAUUGGCUGUUCAGUGACGUGGAAAGGCUGUGAUGCUGUGGCUUUUUUCCUUAACUCCCAGACCUCCCGUCUGACAAACUUGGAUCUGAGUAUGAACGACCUGCAGGAUUCAGGAGUGCUGGUGUUCAGUUCUGGACUGGAGAAUCCACACAGUAAACUGGUGAUUCUCAGACUACGUUCAUGUAACCUGACAGAAAAAAGCUGUGAAGUUCUGGCCUCAGUGCUCACCUUCCAUUCCAGCUUGAGGGUGCUGGACCUGAGUCACAACAACCUGGAGGAUUCAGGAGUAAAGUUCCUGUCUGCUGGACUGGAGAGUCCAAACUGUACACUGAAAACUCUCAGCUUGACUCACUGUAAGCUGUCAGAAAGGAGCUGUGAAGCUCUGGGCUCAGCUCUCAGCUCCCAGACUUCUAGUCUGAAAGAGCUGGACCUGAGUAACAACGACCUGCAGGAUUCAGGAGUGAAGCGUCUUUCUGCAGGACUUGAGAGUCCUCAAUGUAGACUGAAAACUCUCAGGCUGUCAGGCUGCUUGGUCACAGAGGAAGGCUGUGCUUCUCUGACCUCCGCUCUGAGUGUCAACCCCUCCCAUCUGAAAGAGCUGGACCUGAGCUACAACCAUCCAGGAGAAUCAGGAGAGAAGCUGCUGUAUGCUGGCCUGAAGGAUCCACAGUGGAGACUGGACACUCUAAAAGUGGACCAUGGUGGAGUGCAGAGGUUAAAACCUGGUCUGAAGAAGUAUGCCUGUGACCUCAGGCUGGACCCAAACACAGCACACAGACAGCUUGUCCUGUCUGAAGACAACAGACAGGUGAAAUACGUGGAGGAGGAACAGCCUUAUCGGUAUCAUCCGGAAAGAUUUGACUGCCUCAAACAGGUGUUGUGUAGUAAUGGUUUGACUGGUCGCUGUUACUGGGAAGUUGAGACUGAAGGCGAGUCAUAUAUAGGACUGACGUACAGAGGAAUAGGCAGGAGAGGAAACAGUGAUGACUGCAAGUUUGGGCGGAAUAACAAGUCCUGGUGGCUAGAUUGCUGUAGUACGGGUCAGAUUUGGCACAAUAGAAAGCAAAAGCCCGGAGCGCGUCACAUUAAGUUGAACAAACAAAAAGUAGCAGUGUAUCUGGACUGGCCUGCUGGCACUCUGUCCUUGUACAGUGUCUCCUCUGACACACUGAAACACAUCUACACCGUCUACCACAGAUUCACUGAACCCCUGUACCCCGGGUUUGCCUUUGAGUCAAUUUUCUCUGUCAGACAGCACAGAAUGGUGAGACUAACACAAGUGUAAACUCCUUAAAGACACUAGAAACACUAGACCAUUAACUUUGACCACAGCUUGAGGUAUAACUGUGUGUUGUCCGCCUAGCAGCGGAAAGAUACAUUAUGAUGAUGGAUAAUCUGACCAAGCGGGAACAUAUAAGCAGAAAAUAAAAUUGGGCCUAAAAUUGAACCUUGCGGUACACCAGACGCAGCCACAGCUUUCCAGGAUGUGUGACUGCCUAUAUAGUGACUGCAUAGGUUCUUAAAAUUCCAUGAUCUUUAGCAUUGAAGAAGGUGCUUAGAUCUAAAUUAGAUGGGAAACCCUUUAUUUUUUUAUUUGAUUUUGAUUUGAUCUCUUCCAAGCCCAGGUACAGAAGGUUGAGGGGUAGUAACAGUGACAGAGCAGACAUUUGUUAGGAGACAACACUGUAAAGACGACUAUACAGUGUUUGGUUCAAUUGGGAGGAGCUAUGGAGGCACUCUUACUGACAAUGAAAAGAAAAGGCUAUGAUGAUAUUUUCUGUAGAGGUAGAGAAAGCAGAAGUAUUUAUAUGUGUAGUAAAUAUUGGCCCUAAUACAGAAGGUUCUACUUCUCUGUUCAUGGGGAAAUACAAUCGUGCCUUUAUCACAGAGGAAGUAGCAGAAUGAAGUGAGUCUGGUUUGUAUACUGUUGUAUUCAGCAUAUUAUUUAUUUGUCAAAAUCACACUAAGGUAACACUUUAUAAUAAUGUACACACUAUUAAGCAUUAGUCAAGCAUUAAUAAAUGCUGAGUUCAUCAUUUAUAACACAUGUACUCAUUAGUAUGUAGUUUAUAAACACAGUUACAAAUGUUAUACUCAUCAUUGAUAAGCACAGUAGUUAUGGAUUAGUAAAUACUGAAUUCAUCAUUAUAAAGCAUGUUUCUGACGUAAAUACUCAUUAGUAUAUGGUUUAUAAUCACAGUUAUAAAUGUUUUACUCUUCUGUACUAAUGGUUAGUGAGUGUGUUAGUAGAUGUUUUAUAAAAACUCACAAAUUCCAUUUCCAAUGGAUGACCUAUAAACAGUUAUUAAUGCAGGAAUUCAUGAAUUCAGGCAGUUACAAAGCACUUACUACUCGUUAAUGAAGUAUUUUGUGUGAGCUCAUCUAAAGUGGGCACUAUCUAUGCCUUUACAAAUGAGAUUUAAAGGCUGGCAAUGCCUCAAGACUCACAAAAGUUUCAUUUAUCUUAACAGACGAAGGAGAGACACAACACAAAGGGAUAUAGAACACAUUGCACUGAUAUUUAUUGCAACUUCCCAACAUAUUGUAACUGUACAACUGUUCUGUUGAUGUAAAAAGACGAACAUGGUUAAACAAAGCUGAAUAAAAACUUGCCAACACCAACAGUGGAUCACAAAAGUUUAAGUACGACAAACACAAUCUUUGUUUGAAAAAAUAAAAUCUUUCUGAAUCAAAAAAUAAAGUCAUAGGCUGUUGAGCCUGGUUACAUUGACCACUCACCCAGCUCUGGUUCUGGCACAACACAGACUGCUCUCUUCGUCAGUUUUUGCUGUGUCAACAAAUUCUGACUAUAACAAGUACUGCUGUAUUGCCUCUUAUUCUUUCCAUCAGAUGCCUGUGACCUCAGGCAUCUGAUGCCUUACAGUAUCAUCCGGAAGGAUUUUGUUAGAACCAACAGGUGUUGUGUAGCAAUUGUUUGACUCGUCACUGUUACUGGGAAGUUGAGACUCAGGACAGGUUUUGUAUAGCACUGGUGUACAAAGGAAUCAAGAGGAGAGGAGGCAGUUAUGACAGCAGGUUUGGGCAGAAUAACAAGUCCUGGAGUCUGGAAUGCAAUAGUAAGAGUCAGUCUGGGUCAGACAAUAGAUCCGCUAGCAAUAUGCAGUCUUGAAAACUACUUUGUCUGUUUAAAAAUUGCUUUUAACCCAUUCCGAAUAGUUUCUGAACUGUCCGUGCUGUGUUUUAGUCCAUGCUGGACGGAGCCUUGGCCGGGCAUCUCCCUCCUCCCUCGGAGAGAGCCCGUUGGUUUCCUCUGCGCCCAGCCUUCAAAACGUGUACCACACGUUUAAUGUCUUUACGUUUGUUGCAAAAUGUCCCAGUUAAAAUCAGUAGCAGAGUAAGCAGUUGUGCUUUGUGUUAUUUUGUUCAAAUUUACCGAUACAGAACCGCCCAGAAAAGACCGGAGAGUUCACUCAGCAGUACAUGAGUGCGCAUGCGCGUCUACAUCCGAAACACAGCGGUUGCUAUGGGGAUUGGUGCAUAAUGCAGCACCGGAAGUCGCAUUAAUGUUAAGAAGUAUUUUAUUUAUUAUUGUUUAGCUUCAGUAUAACAGCGUUAUUAAAAAGAAUAAAUUUAGAGACUUAUUAUACUCUAAAAUUGUUGGUUACUUAAAAAUCCACACAUUUAUUUGUAUUGAGUGUUAAAAAAUAUUAUAUGUCUCUCGGGGAAAUAAAUUUUACAAUAUGUGGCUUUCAUGGCUCUCUCAGCCAAAAAGAUUCCCGACCCCUGCUCUACAGUGUCUGCUCUGACACACUGAAACACAUCUACACCGUCUACUACAGAUUCACUGAACCCCUGUACCCCGGGUUUGAGUCCUCAGUGUCUCUGACAGACAUCUUAGCGCAGAAUUCUGAGACUAACACGAAUAAAAUCCCCCUUGAAAAAUAAUUAAGGGUGACCUUAAUUAAAGUUUGCAUUAGAACGUCAAACAAUUUCUGUGAAUCAUCCGUACAUGAGUAGGCAAACUGAAUACAGUGUGAGAAAGGCAGAAUGAGUACAAAAAAGUUGCUGACUGUACAGUGUGUAAAAUGACAGGACAGCUUUCCAGUUCACCUCAGUCCAUCUUAAAUGGCAUUGAUAAGUUGCCCACGGGUUAUGACAUGUAUAUUCUAUUAAAUAUGAGGUUUCGACAUUUUCACAUAAUCACAUUUUGAUGAUCUUUUUACAUUUUUUUUUAAAUACUGAUUGUAAAUACAUUAAAUAACUAUCACAGAAAAAAAUGUUGACUAUAAAUAUUUUCAGAACUGGAGUUUGAUUUCAUGAAUAUCUCAAUGAAUAUAAGUGUCAGGACUAUAGGAUAAGACUAAAUGUGAUUGUAGGUACUGUGGGUUUAUGUUAUUUGCUGUAUUGAUAGUUGAGAAGUUGUUGAUGCUGUGUUCCUGAAGUUUUUUUUUUUGUCUUCUAAUUUUUUAAUGCUGUCAGCUGUGUGAAGCCAAAAACAAUCUUUUAUGGUGUGGACAAUAAAGCUUCUAAGUAUAUGAAUUCAGUGUUGUACAUAAAGGCUGACUUCAUUGUGUCGUCCUUGUGUUAGACAUGUGAGUCUACCUGUGCGACUCCACA